ACGUAUCCGGCUGACACGGAGGCUACUAGUACAAUGGACAUCGGCUAACACAAAAGCUUGUUGACCGGUAUUUGUCAAGAAAAAAUUUCGCCGAACUACAGCUACAGUGAUAAUACUUAUAUAUUCUUUAGAUAACCGGUGGCUAUAACAAUGUUAACUGUAGAUGAAUUGAAGAGACUGUACGAGGUUUUUCUUUCUAAAGGAGACAAGAGAGUGGAGAAAUGGCUCCUGAUGGAAUCCCCUGUACCAAUCCUGACAAUAUUUACCUUAUACCUACUUCUGGUCAAACAAGGACCCCGCUGGAUGGAGCAGUAUAAGCCACUUCAGCUUCAAGGAUGGUUGGUCAUCUACAACUUAGCGCUUGUUGGAUUAUCUCUGUACAUGUUUGAAGAGUUUCUAGUUACUGCCAUCAAGUCUUCCUACAGCCUGAAAUGUCAGCCAGUCGACUACUCGGAUGACCCUUUAGCACUGAGGAUGGCCAGUGUAUGUUGGUGGUAUUUCUUUUCCAAAAUCAUAGAAUUACUAGAUACGGUUUUCUUUAUAUUACGCAAGAAGAACAACCAGAUAACAUUCCUACACGUAUAUCACCACAGCACAAUGCUACUGAACUGGUGGCUAGGUGUCAAAUUCAUUGCAGGAGGACAGUCCUUUUUCUUAGCAAUGAUCAACUGUUUUGUACAUAUAUGGAUGUACAUGUAUUACGGUCUCGCCGCCCUAGGACCGGAAGUUCAACGAUAUCUAUGGUGGAAGAAAUACAUCACAAAGAUGCAGUUGACGCAGUUUGUAUUGGUCGUCAUACACACCGGCUAUAACAUGAUGACAGAUUGCAAUUUUCCACAGGGUUUCAAUUACGCUGUUUUUAUUUACGCAUUUACAUUAAUUGGACUAUUCUCUAACUUUUAUGUAAAAGAAUACUCCAAAAAGAGCAGCAAAAGCAGUUAACAUUUGUGUACUUAGACAUAUCAAAUUAUUAUCUAUUUAUAA